UGCUACUAUGUUCAGUCCGUAGGAGGCAACAUGGCGGUUUGGAGCAGCUUAUUGCGUUCUGCAAGCCAAAAAMUAAAUAAAUUUCCUACAUUACUGUUUAAAAAACCUCUUAUAAACAAUCAGAUAAGAUGUAUGUCACAUGAUCGUGUAAUGGCAAUAAAAGGUUCUAAAUGGCAAUGGUCAAAAUGUAAAGAUUUGUUUCACUUCUAUGUUAUGUUGGGUGUAAUACCAUUAUCACUUCUUACAUUUUUUGUAAAUGUAUUUGUGGGUCCAGCGACACUUGAACCUAUUCCAGAAGGAUAUAAUCCAAAGCCUUGGGAAUAUUAUAGACAUCCUAUAACCAGAUUUAUGGUUCGUUAUUUACUUGUAUCACAUCAGCAAGAUUAUGAAAAAUAUUUACAUUCUAUGUAUAUAGAACAAGAACUUAAUAAGACAAGACAUCUUCAACAAAAAAUAGAAGAUUUGAUUGAAGAAAGAAGCGAUUAUAAAUUCUUCUACUAUGCACCAAUAACGGCUAAAUAUCUCCAUCAAGCUAGAAGUGCGAUUGAAUCGUCAGAUGUGUAUAGAACCUAUAAAAAGUAUUGAUUCUUGUGUCUUAAUGAACAGAUAAAAAAUCUUUGUGAUUGUUUGAUAUUUGAGAUUUUUACCCAAGGGUAUCAAAAGAGAGAAAUAUCAAUCACAAAUAUAGUGAAAACUUUUAGGA